AAUGGAGGCUGUGCACUUGGAAUUAACUCUGAUUCUCAGUGUUUGGGCUCCAGUCUCACGGCCCAGUACCCACCAGUAGGAGGCAUUAUCUAAACAUGAUUGGGAAAGAGUCAUUCCUAGGGAAUGACAUUGUUUCCUUAUCUGUCUACACAGCCUGAGAAAGAACUGUUUCUAAUGGGCUCCAGCCUCAGCCACGACCACAGCUUCUCUGCGGAUAAAUAAGGGCAAAGCAUUUUCCCUCUUUAUCUCCAACAUGGAUGCUUUUCAGGGGAUUUUAAAAUUCGUCCUUAACCAGAAAACUGUUAUUGGCUACAGCUUCAUGGCUCUGCUGACCGUGGGAAGUGAGCGUCUCUUUUCACUCGUGGCGUUUAAGUGCCCCUGCAGCACUGAGAAUGUGGUCUACGGGCUGGUUUUCCUUUUUGCUCCUGCCUGGGUGUUACUGAUCCUGGGAUUCUUUGUGAACAACAGGUCAUGGAGACUCUUCACAGGCUGCUGCGUGAAUCCCAGGAAAAUCUUCCCCAGAGGCCACAGCUGCCGCUUCUUCUAUGUCUUUGGCCAGAUCACUCUGAGUUCAUUGGUGGCUCCAAUGAUGUGGCUGUCUGUGGCUUUGCUCAAUGGGACUUUUUAUGAAUGUGCCAUGAGUGGGACAAAAAGUUCAAGCCUCCUGAGACUGAUUUGCGAGGGCAAGCCCAAAGAAUGCUGGGAAGAACUUUACAAAGUAUCAUGUGGCAAAACCAGCAUGACACCCACAGACAAUGAAGAACUGAAACUGUCCCUGCAAGCCCAGUCUCAGAUUCUAGGAUGGUGCCUGAUUUGUUCAGCAUCUUUUUUCUCUCUGCUCACCAUUUGUUAUGCUCGCUGCCGAUCUAAAGUUAGCUACCUUCAGCUGAGUUUUUGGAAGAUGUAUACACAAAAGGAGAAGGAGCAGUUGGAAAAUACAUUUGAGGACUAUGCCAACAAGCUGAGUGAGAGAAAUUUGAAAUGCUUUUUUGAAAACAAGAGGCCAGGUGUCUUCCCCAUGCCUACUUUUGCUGCCUGGGAGGCUGCUUCGGAGCUACAUUCUUUCAACCAAAGCCAGCAACACUACAGCACCCUCCAUCGGGUGGUGGAAGAUGGUCUGGAACUUAGCCCUGAGGACGAAGAGACCACAAUGGUUCUCAUGGAUACUGCCCACAAUGGGUAGCUCAUCUGCCAUCACUGACUCACGGUGUCCAGGGAUACACUCAUUCUGACAUCUUCCUACUGAAUCCACAGCAACCUGGGUGUCUCUUUUUUCUCGCAUUUAGUGUUCCUUUAUAAGACAACAACACAAAGGGAAGCCGCUUUGCUGCAUUCAGGUGCAGACGGUGUCAAGAUGUGCUCAAACUGAUGCCGGGUGACUGGUCAAGGAUGGCAACAAAGGUGCUCUUGCAUUGGUUGGGGGUUGGGCUCAGUGUCUUCAAAUUCUAAAAUUUUAUGCUUCCACAGCAAGAAGGUCUGCCAUUCUAUGUACAUAUUGGUCAUGGCAUCUGGGGGCUGACGUGGUGACUUGGGAGUGAGCCAGAUACUUCACAGUCGGCUCUAUACACAGUGGGAUCUGCAGUGUAGUCAGCAGAAAACCUUGUCCUGUAAACCUAUCCUCCUGCCUUUCAAGGAUAUAUGAAAUUCUACCAUCUGAAAUGCAUUUCCUUAGAAUCUGAAGACAUCAGUGCUCAAAAAUAAUACAUUGGAAGGAUAUAAUGCCUAAAAUUCAAAAAUUUCACAUGUUUUUAAUGUUCAGUGAACAUAUGUCCCUGCAGGUAGGGCUGUAUUAUGACUUUCGCGGGCUCUAGGCAGUUUUGCCUUCUUGGACCCCUUUCUACAUUAAGAAAUACACACAUACACACACAUAUAUAUAUCCAUGACUGUAUACUAUAAAGAUGAAUGUAUUAAUAUUAUGUAUUAAACCAUAGUUUUCAAUCCCAAGUUCAUUUAUUUUCUUCUGAUUUUAAAAGAAAUUAAAAACACGAUGGGCCUUAGGGACAGUGCCUACUAUGCUGAUGGGUGAGUCAGCUCUGACUAGAGGUCUGGGAAACUGCCCAAAGCAGUGCUGGUGUCCAGUCGUUUUGCAGUUCUAUGUUUAUCAGAAAUAAUGCAAAUUUUGUGUUCUACUAUGUAGUAUAUCCGCAUUAGUUGAAAUACAUAUAUGAUAUAUAAUAUAUGUGUAUAUACAUACAUAUAUAUACAUAUAUAUAUUUAAUUCCCCUUAAAUCUCUGUCUUCUAGUGAUGUUAUUUGAGUACAUAAAAAUGCUAUUAUUGCUUUAUACAUCUCAAUUUUAUGCCUCUCUACUUUACUGAUUCUUAUUUUAUUCCUUGUAGAGCUUUUCAGAAUUAGAAAACAACCAUUUCGCAACCCCUAAUGACAUAAUGGAUCUAGACAGUAAAUAAUAAAUUCUAGACUAGGUGAAACCAUGAUGGGGUAAGGACCAUGCAACUUGAAACCAUUCAUCUAAACAUCCCUAAAAAUGGGACAACCGGAUAUUAUGUGCCUGCCAAUGUGAUGCAAAGCAAGAGUAAAUACACAGUACCAUCUGUGACAUAUUCUUUUCAAAAAAAUUAAACCUGAAUCUAAUCUACUAUUUAGAUUUUACUAGUUCAGGAAAUAUGGGCAAAAGAAAAUAAGUGAAUUAGCAAUGUGAGAAAGGAACCAAGUAAAUGUAGAAUACAAAGUAGAACAAUUAAGUUCGUGAACUUAUCCUAGAAAAAGUGCUACAUACCUCAUUGCUGAAUAUCACUACAGUCAUCUUCGAAGUACUCCCUUUGGGAAGCUAUGCACCGACACCAGCGCCU